UGACUCAUUCUCACACACACCUUAAACGCCACCAAUUGCGCUCUCAUGCCUGCACUCACUACACAACCUUACUAGACGACGAGCUACGGGAAUACGCAGAACAUGUCCCGCCUUUACUGAAAGAAGAUCCAUCGGAAAAGCAGAUAACUUCUAAUUUACUUGAAGAUCUGCUGGAUUGGGACGUAAACACUGUGAGUUUGAGCUUUCUUACAGGAUUGCCAGCAGGGCAUCUCUUUCAUUUUGAGUUCUACUGCCCGGGCCAGGAUCUCAUUUGCAGUAAGUUUGCCUUUCUAAUCGAUUUUUUAAAAGGGAUAUUUUUUUGAACUGUCCAUGACAAUGCCAGUGGUCAAAGUGGAGAAAGACUCUACUGCAGACACCAGUCUACCUGCCUCCAAUCCCCCGCCGCAAACGGAGGAGAUGCCCCGAGGCCGGAGGAGGAAGAGACCCCUCCAGCGGGGUAAACCACCAUACAGCUACAUCGCACUCAUUUCUAUGGCCAUCGCCAACUCCCCUGACCGCAAACUGACGCUGGGGGGCAUCUACAAAUUCAUCACGGAGCGCUUCCCCUUCUACAAAGACAAUUCGAAGAAGUGGCAAAACUCCAUCCGCCACAACCUGACUCUCAAUGACUGUUUUAUCAAGAUCCCUCGAGAGCCAGGGCGGCCAGGGAAGGGUAACUACUGGGCGCUGGACCCAAACGCAGAGGACAUGUUCGAGAGCGGCAGCUUUUUGAGACGCAGGAAGAGGUUUAAGCGCUGUGACUUGAGCACCUACGCCACGUACGUGCACGAAACGCCCGUCUUCUCUCCCGUCCAGAUCACCAGGGCAGCUGCCUACACCAACUCCGUCUACCCCAACAUGACGGUCAGUCCGACCUACGGGCAGCAGCUGCCGUCUGCCUAUUAUCCCUCUUCAUCACCUCCCGGAUUCGGACAUAGCCAGACCCGCAUGUUCAGCAUCAAUAACAUCAUAGGACAUCCAACUCCAGCCAGCAUGCUGGCAGGCCAAGGGCCGGAGGUGAUGCAGCAGCCCAGCCGCAGCUUCAGUCCCGAGGGAGUUCCAAACGGAUCCUCUACCUGCAACCUGGGAGCCUCUAGUUUUCAGAGUCAGCCGUGCGGGGGAGCCUUGCCACCCCGCUCAUCCACGCACCCGGCGUUCCCCUACUCCGGGCCAAACAGCCAUCCACACCACCACGGACACCAGGGUUCGUAUGGACAGGGUCACACCCAGGGGUACGCAACAGCAGGACGGAUCCAUGCCUCCACAUCUGGGUCAGUGGAAACGAUGGACCAUUACGGCAGGGUCUCCCCGGUGCAGCUGGGCUCUUUCUCCCAGUAUAACAGCGCUGGAGGGCCUAUUGGCAACACUGGGGGAUACCUGAGACACCCCACCUACCCUGGGAAUAUGGACCGGUUUGUGUCCGCCAUCUAAACCGCGGAGAACAGAGAUCGGAGCAUCCCGCCACCUUUUUUUUUUUUUUUUUAAAUAAGAUCCUCGAAGACACAGUGAGCCAGAAAUUUCUGUGCACGACCGUGAUUGUUUUUCUUUGCUCGUGACGUUUAUUUAGGACUAAAGUGAACAGACUGACCUCUUGACACAACUGUGAUUUCCCAGGUUAAUCCUUCCUUGUGCAUACCGAUGGUAUGUUUAGACACACGCUAUAAAUUUGGAUUCAAAUGUCAAGGCCUCUUCACAGCAAUAGUGUAAAAUAUAUGUAAUUUUGUGUGUGGUUUGCAAGUUGUUUCUCUUUUGUCUUGAAUGUGCAAGUUAAAUAUUUACAUUACUCCCAUGAUUAAACGACAGACUUUGAGCUAUAAAUUAUUGUGCUUCGUGGUCAUAGGCUUUGCAAUAACUGGCUUGUAUGAAGAACGUGAGCUUCAGUACAUCUGCAUGUGUUUUGUUGCCCAAAUAAAAACGCAUAUUUACUUUG